AUGUCUGCGAAUAUUUCUCAUCAACAGCAUCAUUCAUCACAACAGCAAGGAAAUACCCCGAAUACAAAUUCUUCUAAUUCAAAUAACAAUAAUCCAUCACCAUCAUGUGACGAUCGUACAUGUUCAAAUGCCAAAUGUGCUCUAUGUUUGCAUUGCUCACAACAAUAUUGCUUUAUCCAUUUUCUUAAACAUAACGAGCAGUUGUCAUUAAAUGCUGAAAAUUUUACGUUGUCAAUUGAUCAUUUGGAUGAUCAGUUAAAAAAUAUGUCCAUUGAUGAAUCACUAAGAAAAACCAUUCAUCAUCUUGAUCAAUGGAGAAAGAAUUUAAUUAAAACAAUCGACUAUGUUUAUCAAGAAAAAUUGACAUCUAUCAAGCAAAAUUAUAUUCGUUUAACAAAUUAUCUGAAACAAUUUCAAUUUGAACAAACAUCACAUAUUCAAACAGUACGUCAUGAUUUGGAACAAAUGAAAUUCAUCCGUCAUACGUAUGACAGAGAAAUGAGAAAAAUCCAAACAACUAUUGAACAGAUACGACAAAAUUGUAAAGAAUUAAAAUAUGAUUUAAUAUUAAAAGAACGUCAAAUACCAAAUAUUUAUGAUUCAAUUGAAUGUGAAAUUAUAUGGAAAAGACGUUCGGCAAGUAAUAAUAAUAAUAGUAACACAAACAAUAACAAUGAAGAACAUAUUGAUGAUGAAAAUGGAAAUAGUGAAGAACCAGUUUCUGCUACUGAGGAAGAAGAAGAAGAAGAAUAUUUUAUGAAUUCAAAUGAAGGUGGCGUGCAUGGAAUUAGUCCAUCAGCACGAAUUAAAACGGAAUUAUUAGAUUCUGAUUGUGUUGAACUUGAUAAUGAUAUACUUGAUAAUCGCUAUAAUAAUACCACCACUACAUCUUCGUCGUCACCAAGUCCAACAUCGUAUGAAAACUGUUUACUAUCGUUUCUUAUUGAUCCACCUCAUAUGAAUAUUAAUGAUAAUUCAACGCCAUUACCCAUGAUUCCUUCUACUCUAUCUCAACCGCCAGCAUCCUCGUACGAUAACAAAGUAACUCGUGGUGACUCUUAUCAUGAUUCUAGUUACCAUAGACCAAUGCCACAUCAUCACCAUUCAAUUCAGUCGUCCUUACCGUCACUAUUACCGAUUAAAAAGCAACAACAACAACAUCCACAACCAAGAACUAAACAUUCAGCAACGGCAAAUGGAAAUUCAUUACAAUUACAAAAUAAGAAACGUCGUAUAUGUAUGAGUUGUGGAAAAUUUUAUUUACAACGCCAUUUUCGUCAAUGUAAACGUUUGUCAAUGAUGAGACAACAGCAACAACAACGAGAGGAAGAUGUACAUAAAACACCUCUAUCAGCAGGUGGCAACACUCAAACAACAUAUAAAGCCAUUGUUGUUCCAUCGACCACUGUUCCGGAUAUAACAUCAUCAUCGGUAGCAACAACGGCUCCGACGUCAACGACAUCAACAAAUAGUAAUCAUAAUACAUUUUCAACCUAUGACAUUUCGAACAAUAACCAAUAA